ACUUUAAUUCGCUUGGACUGACAUUGUGUAAUGACCUCGCAGCCAGGCGAAUCAAGUUGGAAGCAUUCAAGAAAUGCAGAAGAGACAAUCACGCGUCGCGAUGUGACUGGCAGAUUGGUCCCAAUCGUGAGGUGUGGCGCAUGGCAAAUCGAGGCUGAACACCUCGAGGCUCCAGCUUCAACAUCAACCCUCACCUCGCCACUCUUUUGACUUGUUAGUUUGAAGACAUGUUUUCGCCGUAAGCCGCCAUGAUUUUCUUUUGUUCUCUCACUAGGGACUACGGCUCGCUCUUUCCACCUGACUGAUAUUCACUGCUGCCUGCUCCAAGCACAUAAUACUUACGCCACACCUACACAUCUCCACCAGGAAGGACAGUAGAAAGAAAAGAUAUCAUGCAAACGACACCAGCACGCUCAUCUCGUAUAAAAACGAGCCGGCGACGAAGUGCAGUAUCCGUCCUAGGCCUCAAACGCGCGACUUCUUCUCCAUCAAAUGUCAGCCCAUCCAAGAGAUCACUACCAACCGAGGAAUCAACUGCCUACGAUGAAGACGAAGAGCUGGACGAUCUCGGCAUUGUCGCCUCCCUGGCUUCCGAUCUCAACUUCCGUGACGUGCCACAGUACAUGGAGUACAUCCGGAACCGCAUGUUCAGCGACAUGCCAGAGAAGGCCGGCAUGAACAGCACCCGAAUCACAGAAGUCUUGAACUUCAGGAAGCAACUGCCGCCCUUCGUUACGAUUGCGCAUGUGGACGCGCUGAGUACAAGUUCGACGAUGAUCGAGAGAGAGAUUGCUGAGCUAGCGAAGAAGGGCGUGGUGAGGAGAGUCACGAUACCGCAUCGUGGUGUCGGUUCUGCUGCGGUCGGCGAUGGGAUUGCGAGUGUGAGGGAGUGGCAGGCACUUGUCAGGGCGCAUGAUGGGUUGGCUGAUGAACUCAAGGACAAAUACAUUCGCCUGAUGGACGCAAACCCAACAUCAACAACAGUUCCCGGCUCAGCAUUCACACCAGCCGAGAUCGCCGCGCUCACAGGCACCGGCCUUUUCACCUCGAUCACAACACUCAACACAACCGCUUCUGCAUUCUUCGCUUCACCAGGCGCCAACUCUCUGUCCGCAAUCUCGACAUCAGGAUCUCGUCACGCAGCCGGCUCUCUGGAAGCCGUCGGUGGCCAACACGCAACGCAGCACAUGCACGGCGGCACAUCACUUUCUUCUCGCGCCCCUUCGACGGGUACUUUCUCUUUCUCGCUUCCGCACAUGGGAAUGCACAUCAAGCUCCUUGUCGAUGCGCGGAACCAUCUGCUGAGCAUUCUCAAAAAGGCCAGGUUUAAGGCUGCGCCUCUCGGUGUGUUACGAGAGCGAUGGGAUGGCGGUGUCGCAGGAACCGGAAGUGCGGAGAGGGAAGAGAGGAAGAAAGCGCGAAGGGAGUUUGUUGGUGUGCUUCCGGGCAGGACGAAGAAGUGGAAACAGUUCUAUGGCAUGCGGUUCGAGUGGAUAUUGGAAGAGUGCGUGGGCGCUGGACUGGUGGAGUUGUUCGAGACCGGAAGUGUGGGGAGGGCUGUAAGAUUGGUGUCUUGAAUGAUCACUACGUAGAACGAGUGCAUAUAAUGCAUGAGACUAAUCUAAUCUUCAUGCAAG